ACGAUCGUUCGGGGGAGUUUCAUUGGUCACGGUGACUACAUCUCCCAGGUCAUCUCUGAGAUGAGCCACCUGUCUGUCACCGCCUCCAACUCUCUGCGCCGAUACAGCCCAUCGGCACGGCAACGGGCCCGGUCGCUUGGCCUCCUUGGAGACCUGGCUGACGAGGAGUCGUACCAGUACGAGCGGCUCGGUUGCCGCAGCAACGGCAUGAAGACGAGUCUUUCCACCUACUGGCAGGACAGGAUCCAACAGGUGUGCAGCGAUAGAGGCGCAUCUCUGCAGAGAGCGAAGUCCACCUGCGAGGUAGGCUCUUCGUCCGUGGCCACGCCCCCUAUGCCUGCGAGCCCGCAAACGACUGGUGCGAACGGUGCGGGCGCGUCAACAGGUGGACGGGUAGGGCAAAGGCAGAGACCAGCUUCCUGUUACAAUCCCCUGCAGACCGGGAAGAACAGCAGACCUCACCUGAGGCCCAGACCAGCUCACCUGCCCGACCUGCUGUCCUCUGCCAGAGAAACUCCCAGAAGGCCUCACUCCUCUUAUAACCUCAAUCUUUCCCCCUAUGCCUCCCCCCCCCCUAUUAGCACCAGCAGUCCCGUCAUCGCAGGUCCACCUCAGCGUUUGCUCCGCCCAUCCUCCACCUUCAACAUCGGACUUCCUGCAAAGACACCACCCCCCCUGAUCGAGACCCGGUCCUCGCCCCACCCCUCCUCCCUCUCCCCCUACCCCGAGCAGCUGGCACCUGACGCAAGUGUGAAGGUGACUCAUAAGCAGUUCAAGGAGGCGCUGCAGAUGGUGGUGGACCCUGGAGACCCGAGGAACACUCUGGAAAACUUUGUGAAGAUCGGAGAAGGUUCCACAGGAGUCGUCUGCAUCGCCAGAGAGAGAAGCAGCGGCAGACAAGUAGCAGUGAAGAUGAUGGACGUGAGGAGGCAACAACGCAGGGAGCUGCUCUUCAACGAGGUGGUGAUUAUGAGAGAGUACCGGCAUCACAACGUGGUGGAGAUGUUUGGCAGUGCUCUGGUGGAAGAGGAACUCUGGGUAAUCAUGGAGUACCUGCAGGGCGGCGCUCUGACUCACAUUGUCAGCAAGACCAGGCUGGAGGAGGAGCAGACAGCGACGGUGUGUCACAGCGUCCUGGAGGCUUUGUCUUAUCUUCACUCUCAGGGAGUCGUUCACAGAGACAUCAAGAGCGACUCCAUCCUGCUGAGUGUGGACGGGACGAUCAAGCUCUCAGACUUUGGUUUCUGCGCUCAGAUCAGUAGAGAGGUCCCAAAGAGGAGGUCCCUGGUGGGGACUCCGUACUGGAUGGCUCCUGAGGUCAUCUCCAAAACCCCGUAUGGGACCGAGGUGGACAUCUGGUCUCUUGGCAUCAUGGUGGUGGAGAUGGUGGAUGGAGAGCCGCCGUAUUUCAGCGACACGCCCAUCACCGCCAUGAAGAAGCUGAGAGACGAGGCAGCGCCGACUGUGAAGAACAUCCACAGGAUGUCUCCGGUGUUGAAGGACUUCCUGAGCUGCAUGCUGACUCGGGACACGCAGCAGCGCUCCAGUGCCACCGACCUGCUGGAGCACCCCUUCCUGCUGCAGGCCAGCUCACCGCGCUGCCUCGUGCCGCUGGUGGAGCAGCACCGCAAGCACAUGUCCCUUUGCUGAAGACCCUGAGACUUACCUUGGAAACAUGUGACGCUCACCUGAGACACAGAUGGGACUCGUGAGCAAAAAAUGGGGCACUAACCUGAGAACCAAGUGAGACUCACUUGAGGACACCUAAGAAACAGACUCGACUAAGACAAGUGUGGGAUUUACCUGAGAUACAUGUGACACUCACCUGAGACAGAUGAGGGACUCACCUGAAGCUCACCUUUACCAACCUUUAAGACCAAACUUCAUUUUACACAUUUUUGUCCCGUCCUUUUUUUCCUACAAUGUUCCUGUGUUGAUGUUGCUUCUAAAAAAGAUCUUAAAGGAUUUAUUUUGAAGAAAUAUAUAUUUGAACUCUGGACGCUUAUUUUGCGGCGCGUGCAGUAGAGCCGGUGUGCUGUAACCGCAGGGUUGAUGGUUCAAACCUCCGCUGCUCCAUGUCCCAUGUCGAAGUGUCCCUGAGCAAGACACCCAACCCCAAACUGCUCCCUGUGUGCGAUGCUUUAAAUGCAAAGAAUCAUCAAAACAUGUCUGUGUUUAAAUUAAGAAUAUAUUUGACUCUACUUUGUAAAUGA